AAAACGAGACAAAUUAGAAUGUGGACAAAGUGCAUAGCGGUUGUGUUUUUUUGCAAAUUGGUCUUUGCCGACGAGCAGUAUGUUUUCGACGAGACAGGUUACGAAGGUGACGAAUUCGCCCGAGAAGCUCUUCGUGAAGCUUUCCAACAAGUUCGAAGAGCGAUUUUCAGAACAGAUAAAAGUUGGAGCGAUGAGAAAGUGUGGAGGAAUCCAAUGACUUUGUUCCAGUAUUUUAAACGACCGCCCAGCGAAGAAUCGAGCGAUAUGGCGAAAGCUGGGGAUAUUUAUCAUUGUGCGUUUGAUAUUGUACAUGACAAGGUGUCGAACCGACUUUCAAGGUUUAAACGCCGGGUAAACGUCACUGAUGUGCUGUCAAGCGCAACGAUCGCAGAGUUGGCCAAGUUUUCUGGUUGUCGUGCAAAUGGUGUGAGCCCAACAUGUCCGGAUACUUGUAUCGACAAUAUGUACAGAACCCACACCGGUGAAUGCAACAACAAAGUUAAUCGAUACUGGGGUGCUUCGAAUAAUCCGUUCGUUAGAUGGCGCCCUGCACAAUACGAAAAUGAAUUCAGCACUCCGAUAGGUUGGAAUAGUCAACGUUCGUAUAAUGGAUACCAAUUACCUGUUGUCCGAAAAGUUUCAAACGAUAUAAUGAGAACUUCGAAUACAAGAGUUACAGGCGAUCCUUUGUAUUCCCAUAUGCUGGUAGUGUGGGGACAAUACAUUGACCAUGAUUUAGAUUUCACUCCGCAAAGUUUAAGUACCUCCACCUUUCAAGGAUUAACUGAUUGCAAGAAGACGUGUAAAAACGAGUCACCGUGUUAUCCAAUGCAGGUACCUUCUGACGACCCUCGCAUCACAACAGCAUCUUGUCUUCCAUUUUUCCGUUCAGCAGCUGUGUGUGGGACAGGUGACACGUCAUCACUAUUUCAUUCCAUCAGACCACGUGAGCAAAUCAACGCCGUGACGUCAUUUGUCGACGCAAGCACGGUAUACGGAAGUACUGAUUCACUGAAUCGAAUUUUACGUAAUUUGACCAACGAUGAUGGUCUGAUGAAAGUAAAUACCAUGUUUAAAGACGGCAAUUGGGAUUAUUUGCCAUUCGAUCCGAACAACCCGUGUGUACAAGAUCCUUUCGAUGCGAGCGGCGUAAACAUUCCUUGUUUCCAUGCAGGAGAUGGAAGAGUAAGCGAGCAUUUAACAUUAAGUGCAAUACACACAAUAUGGGUGCGAGAACACAACAGGAUUGCUCGUAUGUUAAAGUCCAUGAACCCACACUGGUCGGGUGAAAUUAUUUACCAGGAAGCAAGGAAGAUAGUUGGAGCUUAUCACCAGAUCGUGCAUUGGAAGGAAUACGUUCCAAAGAUAAUCGGCCCAGCUGGUUUGCGCAUGAUGGGAAACUAUACGGGUUAUAGAGAGAAUGAAAACCCAACAGUUUCAAACGUUUUCGCCACCGCUGCGUUUCGUUUCGGCCAUGCGACUAUCUCGCCCCAGUUCAGGAGACUGGACGAAAACUUUAACAAUCAUCCGCAGUUCCCGACCAUUCUUUUGCAUGAAGCUUUUUUCUCCCCAUGGCGAAUGAUAAGGGAGGGGGGAAUGGAUCCUAUAUUGAGAGGUUUGAUCGGCCGACCGGCCAAACUUAUCAAAGCUGACGAAAUGAUGCACGAAGAGCUUAGGGAUAAACUCUUUGCUUUACAAAACCAGGUGGCAUUGGAUCUUGCCUCACUGAAUCUACAGAGGGGUCGUGACCACGCGUUACCAUUAUACAAUGAUUGGCGUGAGGAGUGUGGUUUAGCAAGGGCGAACAACUUCAGUGACUUGGCUGGUGAAAUAAAAAACAAAGCAAUUCGUGAUAAACUAGAAGCUCUAUACGGCCAUCCAGGAAACAUAGAUUUAUGGUUAGCUGGUCUUUCCGAAGAUUUAAUGGACGGUUCGCGUGGUGGACCAGUCUUCACUUGCCUGCUUGCUCGUCAGUUUAAAUUCCUUCGAAACGGAGACAGAUUUUACUACGAGAAUCCAAAUGUUUUCACACCGAAUCAGGUCACAGCGUUAAACAGAUUAUCCUUCGCCCGUGUGUUGUGUGAUAACUCUGGUUUAACGCGAGUCCAACCCGACUUGUUCAUGCUUCGUGAUACAUCUCAGUUUGUUGAUUGUGCAAACAUUCCUAACCUGGAUCUUUCACAGUGGCGUGAAGACCCAGCAGUUGGUACAUGCGGUACACCACCUAGUAUAAGUAACGGUUGGUGGAAGAAGUGUGGUGGGGGUGUUAGUUAUCGUUGUAUGUCUGGAUACCAACUUGCUGGACCAAAUGAGGUGCAAUGUAUGAACUCAGCUUUUACUGCCAUACCAUCUUGUGUUGACAUAAACGAGUGCGAUGCACAGAACGGUGGGUGCAGUGACAGGUGUAUGAACACCGCGGGUAGUUACAUUUGUGUUUGCAAUGACGAUCGUAUGCUUGGUAGUGAUGGUAAAACUUGCAUGGCUACUACAGUUCAAGUCACACCGUCACCUGUAGUAAUGGGUGUAACGGCGACUACGCCUGCCAACGUAACAGCUAUCGUGGUCGGAAGCAUUCUUGGUGCAGCAAUUUUCCUUGCCUUCUGUGUUAUAUGUUAUCUGGUAUACAAGAAUACAAAACUUCACACGAAGAGUAAAUACCACAACACCGGAAAAUUCAGUCUCAGCGACCCCAGCGCAUAUGAUAAUCCAUCCGCUGUGAUGGAUAAUGACAGCCAAACCAAGAUGUAACAGCAGAUGCACUUGGACCGUCUACAAUACAAGUUCAACGUGGUUAUAUCUAAAGACAACCGAAUUGCCCCUUUUUUAAUUAAUAUUUUUUUGUGUUUUAUUAUCGUAAUGCUAUCCCCUGGCGCCAUGUACUACGUCUGAAUAAAUUUUAAUUGAUCGCCACGAAU